CACCAUCUUUCCAUAUUGUCCUUUCUCCCCACGACAUCCAUUGCACGCAGCAUUGGCCACCGCCACGUGUUGCAACUGCAAGCUGACUCUCUCCAAGAUGCCCUCCACAUCGUCGUUGGCGCUCAUCUGUGCCAUGGGCUCCCUCACAGCCGCCGCUUCAACUGCCCCUCGAGGUGUUGGCCCAGACUUCGUAUCCCACUACCAAUCCAAGACCGAAUUCGCCUGCAUUGCCAACCCCGACAUCAAGAUUCACUUUGACCGCGUCAACGACAACUCGUGCGAUUGCCCAGACGGCUCUGACGAACCAGGCACGGCUGCUUGUGCACACAUCGAUCCCCUUUCUCCCGGCCAGCCUCUUGCAGGAAGCAGCUCUGGCACCACACAAACCAAAAACUCACUGCCCGGCUUCUGGUGCGCCAACAAGGGCCACAUUGGUAGCUACCUGCCCUUCAUCUACGUCAACGACGGCAUCUGCGACUACGAACUGUGCUGUGAUGGAAGCGAAGAAUAUGCCAAGGUUGGAGGCGUCAAGUGCCCCAACAAGUGUGCUGAGAUUGGCAAGGAGCAUCGUCGCUUGGCCGAGGAGAAGCGCAAGAAGGCUGAGAGCGCAAGCAAGCAAAAGCAGGAAAUGGUCACCAAGGCUCAGGGCCUCCGAGAAGAAUGCCAAACAAAGAUUGCCCAGCUUGAGCGGGAAAUCAAGCGUCUCGAGGCGCAAAAGGUGUUGCUUGAUAAGACACAUGCCGAAGCACAGCGCCAGGACCGCACACGUGCUGUGAAGUCCGAGGGAGCUGGCGGCAAGAUUGGCGUCUUGCUCAGCCAAGCCAAGGCUCGCGUAUCUGAACUCCGCACAGCACUCGACAUUUCCGUGGCCGACCGUAUGAAGACGGCCGCGCAGGUGCAAGAACUCGAGACGAUCUUGCGCAAGUUCAAGGAGGAAUACAACCCCAACUUCAACGACGAGGGUGUCAAGGCCGCCGUCAAGAGCUACGAAGACUACGCCGCUCGCGAGGGCUCCAUUGGCGAUAGAACAUUCGACGAUCACACGAGUGUUCUGGCUGAAGAUGAUGAGAACAAUGGCGUCAACUGGUCCGAGUUUGAAUCUGACGAGAGCGACACUGAUAUCAUCUAUAACUUUGAGGCCUACCUCCCCGGCUUCCUUCGCACCACUGUCCACGAUGCCAUCGUCUCCAGCCGCCUCUGGCUCAUGGAGAAUGGCAUCCUUGCCGAUAACUCCAACGCCUCUUCCGAAUCACAGACCGCUCGUACCGCUCGCGAGGCCAAGGAGAAUAACGACCGUGAUAUCGAAAAUAAGAAGCGCGACCUGGAAAGCGAAAAGGAAGACUUGAAGAAGGAUUACGGUCCGGGUGACAUCUUCCGCUCCAUCAAGGGACAGUGUGCGGAGAUUGAUGCCGGUGAGUACACCUACGAGCUCUGCUGGUUGGACAAGACAAUGCAAAAGUCCAAGAAGGGCCACGGCCACACCAACAUGGGCAACUUCCGCUCCAUUGAUCGCGAAAUGGUGGAUGAUGAGGAGCGACUGGACGGUAAGAGUCUCGGCAAGGGAGAGCGCAUGGUUAUGCGUUACGAGGACGGUCAGGCCUGCUGGAACGGCCCAAACCGUCGCACUGAUGUCUGGCUGGGCUGUUCAGACAAGGAGGAGGUUUGGAGAGUCAGCGAGGCCGAGAAGUGUGUCUACAAGAUGGAAGUUGGCACCCCAGCUGCCUGCGACGACGUCCAGGCUGGCCAGGGCGAUAUCAAGGACGAACUGUAAACCUAUCAAUGCAAAAGCACAUAUCACCGCUUAUAUCAGCAAGCAAAAUACAACAAUCUAAUUUUACACAACAAAGAACAAGCA